UUUUCCCGUCACGCAUUGCUGCUAGUCCCAUCAGACAAAAUGGCAGCUGUGUGGUCAGCUAACCUCGUUCUUUCAAUAUUAUUGGCCAUUAAUUUAUUAACUGUUCAGUUUGUGAGCUGUAACAAUGGUAGAAGGACAGGAGAUGGACUUGACACCGACACGGGUUUCUCUAUAACUGUAGAGCAUUCAUUCGAACUAGAUGAUUCUCCACGGUUCAGAGAGCGGGGAGUUAUGGUUCUGAAGGGGGGCAGGGAGACGACAGUCUCUCUCUCUCAAGCCCAGCUGUCAGAGGAGGACAGAAACAUGCUCAAGGAGGUGGCAGCAGUGGACGGGCUGUACAGGAUCAGAGUGCCCAGGAUGUCCUUGCAGGCGGACAGACAGACUGACCGGCAAAGCGACGGCUUCCUCUCUGCUUUCGUCCGAGCGUGCUCAAUGGUGGAGUCCCACCUCAGUGAUGUCAUCACGCUCCACACUGACGUAAUGGGUUACCUCAUCGGGGUCUCCAUCGUGACCAUACCGGGGGCGUGCCACGGGGCGGAGGUGGAGGACGAAGUCGACCUGGAAGCGUUCAACACCACGCUGAGCAUCAUGGGACCCGUGAACGCCCCCGCGCCUGAGACGGCCCUCUUCAUCGAGCGCAUGGAGCAGGAAAUGGAGAAGAAGGGGAAGAACCCCCAGGAGCAGAAGUCCUUCUUUGCCAAAUACUGGUAUUUGAUUCUGGGAGGCGCAGUGUUCCUCAUGGCCACCAGUUCGGCACAGCCCCCAGCAGGGGGAGACAGAGAGCAGAACUGAUUCCCAUUUAUUUCAAUGGAUGUACAUCGUGCCCCUGGUUCUCUUCCUGAUGAUGUCAGGAGCUCAAGAUCAGACAGGGGGCGGGGCCGGAGGCGGAGCGGGCAAUGGCGGAGGCCGAUGAAAACUCCUCCCCCACCAAUAGUAGUUCAGGGCUCAGACACCACCCAGUUGUACAUAUUGAGAUCGCGAAAUGUCGCGCAGUUCAAUUGAGUCAAAACUCUAAUAAAAUGCUAAUAAAAUUAAUUAACAUGGA